CCGGAAAUAAAUAAACAAGCUGUAGGAACACCCAUCACGAGAGGAACGCAGAAUAACAAAGCACAUUUAUGAUCUUUUAUGUUGAUCAGUCUUUGCAUGUUAUGUUAGAAACUCAUGAGUCUUUCAGGGAAAAUUUUCAAGAAGCGUGGACCAACAAGAGAUGAGAUUAUACGAGAAACUAAGAUAAAAAGAAAGAUAUCAUCAGAGUUAUCAUCAGCAAUAAAAUCUCUACAACAAGAGCAUUGUAGUACAGGGGAGGCAAUCCUUAGUUCUGACACAGCCAACCAUGUGUGUAAUAUAUUGGAAGCUGUAUUCUUGCAUGGUUUAAAGAAUUCAGUUGUAAAAAAGCUUGGUAAAUAUGUUGGUCUACAAAAUGGAGAAAAUGCCGACCAAAGCAUUAAUUUUUGGAGUUUUGCUACAAAGUUUACACAUAAAGAUACUGCAGCCCAGCUAACAAGACUUGGACAGAUUACUACAGAAAUAGGAUUAUGUAGGGCAUGGAUACGAGUGGCAUUAAAUGAUGGUAUAAUAACCAGUUAUGUAGAUGCCUUGAUGGCUGACAAAAAGACUUUAAUGUAUUUUUAUCAUGGACUAGCUUAUUUAAAUGAUUUUGAUCAGCAAGAAAUUUUUAAAUCUCUUUUAAAAGGUUUAAUGACAAUAGAAUUUAAAUUAUCAUACAACUCGAGAGUUCUAAAUUCCUGGACUAAUACUCCAUUGAUAGUAGCUGGAAUCAUAGAAAUUGAUGAUACACCAUUACCUGUUGUACAGUCAUCUGGGAAGCAUCUAGAAGAGAAACCAGUUUCAAGGACCAAGAACUCAGAAGACACCAGUGUAAAAGUCAUUCAUUCACAUCGUAAAUCUGGACAUGUACAUGAACCUAAAACUCCACCUAAUACACCGUUCAAUGCAGGAAAUUUUGCCCAAGGUUUUACAAGACAAGAUGUAGAAAAUUUAAAAGACUACACACUCAGUUCAUCACCUCAAGACACGGAAUACUCUAGUUCAAGUCAUAUUUCUUGUCCAGAUCCAGUAAAAUACAACUUAAAUCCAGCUGUUUAUGUGGACCAUGAUAACAAGGACGAUGUUAUGUUUACCCUGAAUGAAGAAGAAGAUCAGACUCAGGAUUCAUUUAUAGCAGAUGAUAUUGAAUCUGUAAUAAAACGCUCAAGUGAAUUAGAACAUAGGAGACAUAGUCCUGUUAACAUUAACAACAUUGAAUCUGUGAUUACACGUUCGGAUGAAUUAGAACAUAUGAAGAUUAGCCCUGUAAAUGUUGAUGAAUCAAGGAAUUUUAAUGGUUUUAAUGAUGACAAGCCUCCUGAUAGGGCUACUCUGUCAACAUCAAAUUCUCCUGUUAAUUUAAGUAUAGAAAACGAUGAUGAAAUAUCUUAUAGGGAUAGGGCAAAUGAACAACCAGAAAGUGUUUUAAAAAUUGAACAAAAUUAUUUUAAAAGUAAUGACAGUGAUGUUAGCAGUGAUUUGGCACACAAUCUUGACACGGUUGAUGGGUUUUCUGUAGAACAUAGCCGUGAAGACCAUAAUGCUAGAAUCUUAGCAGAUAUACUUGGUGACAAGAGUAAUUUAAAUCAAGAACCUCAAUCUAGUCCUGACCAAUCAGAUUCGGGCAUUGCAGACAGUCCAUCUUCCAUUUCAGCAUCAGCAACAACCAGUCCUGUGUCUGCUGGUGUAAAAAUUAAAGGCAAAAAACAUAAAUUAAAACCAGAUUUUUGCGCUACAAAACAUGAAUCUGCUCCAGAAAUGUCACCAGCUGUUGCAAAUUCAAUUGAAACUUCAAAAAUGAAAUUUUCAAAACACAGGUAUUCCUUGCCAAUUAUAAAACCUCUCCGUAAUAGCCCUCAAAAUUCUAGUUCACCAUUUAGGACAAUAGAAGAAAGUCAAACUUCUACUAGACCUAGAUCAGAGAGUGAUAAGGCAGAUGAUAUAGGACUAACGUCCCCGUCUAGUGUUGGUAAUAGUUUAGGUGCUGCGAGUGGAUGGUCUUCGUCAUUUCAGUUGGAAGCAGCAGACACCAUAGAGCCUUUACCAGAGUCUAGAAAUACUAACAUUCCAAACAGACCAAAAGCUGAAAGUUUUGGUUCUCUGCUGAAGAAUUACACACCUUCGAGUUCAGUUACCUCCCCUUCUUUGGAAGAUGUCUUACAAGAUUUACCAGAGUCAUCAGAUAUGUCACCGCCUCCUCAACAUAUUAGUAGGAUAUAUGAGUUGGAGGAUGAUACAGUAUUAAUAGAAGGCUAUUAUGAGAUAGCGCCAUCUAUGUCAGAUGUAAUUGCCCAAUCGAAAUUGGAGAUACUAGGAGAGAUAGCCAAUGAGAAGGGACUUGAUGCUCAGAACUAUCAGUGUAAAGGUUGUACCAGACCUGUAGGAUUGAUAUAUGGUAAACCCAGAGUUUGUACAUUUGAUGCAGGGUACUAUUGUUUUGAAUGCCAUGAGAAUGAUGAGUAUUACAUUCCAGCCAUGCUGAUUCACAACUGGGACUUCAGAAAACACCCAGUUGCUAAAUGUAAUUUCAAAUUUCUCCAGGAUGCUGAGGAUCAAACAAAAAUAGACAUUUCUAAAGUCAAUCCUAAACUUUAUGAACAUGUGAAGGAAAUGGAAGAUCUCAGGGUUCUAAGAACCCAGUUAUAUUAUUUAAAAACAUAUUUGUUUACAUGUAAACAAUCUAUAGCAGAUGAAUUCAGACAGACGCUAUGGCCAAGAGAGUAUAUGUAUGAGAAUAUUCAUUUGUAUUCACUCAGCGAUUUUCUUCAAGUGCCUUCAGGAACUCUGCUGAACAGUCUAAAGAAAGUUAUAAAGUUUGCUAUAAAGCAUGUGUACGAGUGUCGUCUCUGUAGCCAGAAAGGUUAUAUAUGCGAACUGUGUAAUCAGACAAAAGUUAUCUACCCUUUUGAAGUAGAAUCUACCAUCAGGUGUAAACAGUGUAAAUCAGUCUUCCAUAAAACUUGUAAAACAGAAGGUAAACAGUGUCCAAAGUGCCUCAGGAAACAACAGCGACGGUCCCAGAUGGGCAGUGAACCAGAAACACCUGACAGCCAAGACUAUGCCUAUGUUCCUCAGUAACUGGCAAUGGAAAUUAGGAU